AUGUCGAACCCGUCUGCAUCCAGUGACACGGAACGAACCGAAGGGCAAAUUUCCAGAGCCGGCGGUCUCCUGCAAAUCACCAUCGAUGCCGGCGCGGCAGCGUCCGGCAUGAUCAAUUUCUCCCUGAACGUUCUCGGGCGUCUUUCCCAGGCAGGCAUCGACACCCUCACGUUCGGUAUCACGGUCCUGGUCGGCGCCUAUAUUCCCUGGAGUCCAGUCGGUUUUCAACGGGUCUACGAUGCCAUCGAAAAGAUUCAGGCCCGCAAGGGGUUCAAAGACAUAUUGUGGUUUGGGUUUGGCCAGAAAAGCCCGAUACAGGUCCUGGUGGAAACGGACCAGGGGGUCAGGUUCACGGCGCUGAGUUCUUGCCUGACGGAAGUGUAUUCUACGCACAUGGCCGCUCAGAUCAUGCUGGCAUUCAGCCGGAAGAUCGUGGACAAGAUGCCCGAGCCGAGGCCUCCGCUGCCGUCUUUGCUGCAGAUGCAUCUCCUAGUUGAGAAAACGGCAGGGAUCUUGUCCGCCACCAGCUUCCCUCUUUGGGCGGAAGAGUACAUGGCGUUUGAUGGCGAGAGGUUCAUCGGCCAACAUGCGUGGCCAAGGGCGUUGAACAAAGUGAGGUAUUCUCGCGGCGUUGGCAGUGCCAUCGAGAUCGCAGAUGCUCUGUACAGCUUGAUGGAACUGUCGAACGGGACUUUGCGGAACAUCACUCUAGUCGGUGUCGCCGAUGCGGGACUAGUCGCCGCGAUCGGGGCCUGGCUCCUUGAUCUCAAGAUCGUGAUGUACGCUUCUGAGAAACGGGAUGAGAAUAUCGUAUUCCGGAAUACCAUCGAGAACGUGGAGCCACAGCUGACGAUCAUAUUCACGCGGCGAGAGGAUCGGACGGCGUUGUGUCAGCGCGGGAAGACCGUGUUUCUCUCGGAUGCAACCGUUCUCUUCAAAUCACACGCGCAGCUCAAGCCGAAUCAGGACCGCGUCGUGGGUGGACGUGUACAUUGGAAGGAGGCCUUAUCGCGUACGUUUGGUGAGGAUUUCAAAUCGCUCCUGGCAAUGCCGGUCCUGUUUGGCGCCGCGAUCGGAAGUGCAGCACGGAUCUUCACCGCGUUGGUAGAGGCCGACCCUGAUGUGGACAUGAUAUCGCGCCGCCAUUGCAGCAGUUAUUUUCCGGACAGUUUCGGCCAGAAUCUGAUUAACUUUGCGCUGGAUCGAUUCCCGGAGCUGAACUCGAAGCUUUUGAGGGCGGAGACGGUUAAUGCAGCCCGGAUCCCAUCUUACGGUCAAGCCCAAGCCACGUUUGAGAGCACCAUGAACAAGCUUGCUGCCAGUUGUGGUUGCAAAGUUUGCUGUCCUGCCAUCUAUUCGAAUAAGGAAAAGCAAGCUCGGACAUCGCGAGAUAAUACGAGUGUAAACCACACGACCCCUCGAUUCUGCCUCGUUGCCAUCUCUGAAACGGUGAUAAUUCUGGCUCGAAGACUAUCCGGCAUCGUUGCUCUUGAGAGCCUCCAUCCGAAGCGCGCCGGUCUCGAAUACAUAUACGAGAUACAGCAGACGCGGGUGUCGCGUCUCCGCAAGCAGGACGGAAAGAACGCUCUCCCGAUCAUGUGCUCCAUCGUCGAGCACGGCACCCCGGACUUGGCCUGGACUGAAGUUUCGCUUCUCCGCUUCGCACAACACAUCUUCAGCGGCCAGACCUUGCAUGACGAGACGGAAGAUCCGGGUUGCUCGGCCACGGCCAUGGAAGGCGUGUGCUGCUACCUGGACAUCCUACGGGAGCCGCAACAAGAUGACCCGAUCAGUCUGUGCCGUGUCAACGUCAUUCCAGGAUACAUCCAAUGGAACGAUAGGGUAUUUCACAAAGUAGGCGAGAAAAGCACAAACCUUUUUUCCGCCACAGUUGCCUUGAAAGGCAGGCCGCAGGACUGUGUUCCGGAGAAAGUGGUACGGGAUAUCGAACGCUCUUACGGAGGCCGCCUCAAUCUCUUGGUAUCAGAAGAGCUCUCCAAGGAUAGGAGAGCUUUCUUGGAAGUGGACUACGGGAUUUUCGAAGAAACGCGAGAGCUGGGACGCUUUGGCCCCGCGAAAGCUGCUCGAAGCAUAUGCCGUAGCUCUGGCUUGAUAUCGUGUCAGAAUGACGGCUGCGUUGAAUCGACAUCAAUAGCACACGAGUUGAAAGACGCAAUAGCUGACGGAAACACCGGCCCAGUCCUCAAACUCGACAUAUGUGGAAGCAAAGUGACCAUUUUCCAGGAUGACCAAGUAGUCCGUUUGCUAGCGGCCUUUGGCUGCUGGGAGCCACUCUUCCAAAGAGGCGAGUGCCUCGCGUGUUGCGUACGCACCGGCUGCAGGAAUGGAUGGAAAACCUUUGCCGUGGUUCAAAGUGGGUCAACAUGUCGAAAUAGGGGGAAGGUCUAUCCUAGAAUACCUAAUGACGAGGUUUCGGAAUUAGAGAGUACUCAAUGUUGGGGAGAGCUUUGUGUUGAAUGA